AUGUCUAAACGACGAUUAUCCGACAGUAGUGUCGACACUUUGGCCCUUGAAGCUGAAGCUCGAAACAUUCGCAUUCACACAACCAGUGCCCAAAGAACACGAAUAAUUGUCAACUUCAAUGACCUAUCUUCUACAAAGUUCAUUAUCCCUGUCACUUCCUCUACAACUAUCGCUGAGCUGAAGGAUCAAGUCCUCCAUCGCGCUGAGAGACUUGGAGCCAAAAUUUCCCAUGGUACAACAGAACUUCGCCUUGAAUCUGAAUAUGGACCCAUCACAUUUCCAGAAGACACUAUUGAAGAUAUAUUUGGAAAUGUAGAUCCGAAACUCAUCUGGGUCAUAUCAGCCCACCAAAAUAACUCUGAUGAUGAUGAUGAUGCUGAACCUGUUUACGUACGAUGGAUUACGCCAGGAAGAGCUCUGGAUCAUCUCUCAUUAUCUGAUAUUGAGACAGAUAAGGAGCCAUUAACUCGCGGCAUAAGAGUGGAUGGGGUUACAACGAUCGCUAAGAACCGAUUGUUUGGAGCAGCGGGAGAUGAGAUAACUCCAGCACCCGGCUUCAAUAUUGGAUUGUGGUUCAGCAGAACCGGCGAUGACAAUACCAUAUUUGGGACAGUGGGUACCGAUACAAUUGGUGGACUUGGUUUGAGUGGUAGUCUUGAAAAUCCAUUGAAUGCUUUCCUAGUCCUAAUCAGCUCGCGCGACCCAGAUCCGAAUUCUCUAUAUGGCUUUCGCUGCUCAAACCGUGGGAUGGCAACAUUCCAGACAUGCCUCAAAGUUCUGAUAACAGCCGCAACAUUCAGACCUUAUUUGAUCCCUCUUCUGUUGGAGCGUAUGAUGCAGAUCACAAAUAUUAGUGAGGCUAGGAAUGUUCUUGGAGGCAUUUUGCCUCUUAGGAUGGUUCCUGGUGCACUUAUCAACCAUAGAUUCGAGUCUGUUCUUGAAGGCUCUAGACAGAUCUUUGCUUGUAUGUUUGGAGAUAUACUCGAAGAAAAUGUCAAACCUGUCAAAGGUAACCGUAUGCCACUUCCCGCCAUGACCGAAUUUCGGCUCCUGCUCAGUGCCUGUAAUGCUUCUCCAUACUUUCAAAUGCUAUCACCACUUCAAUUAGAUGGCAGAGAGAAUUCCGGUAUUUCCUUAUCCAAAGAUGGCUAUGUAUCACAUUAUACCACACAUGGCGACGAGACAUCCCAAUCUCGACUCGAAAAUACCAUCACAGGCAUCGAGACUUUACAAUCCCGGCCAGGAGAAAGUCUUCUUUACGCUCUGCAACCGGUCAUCUCACAAAGACGAAUCGACGGCACAUGGGAGAUUGAUGAUUGGGCAAGCCCAUCCAUGGCUCUAGGAGAUUAUUCUGGACCGGACGAGGCAAUUGUUAUAUGUCUGGACCAGAGCUCUAGUAUGAACAGUCCUUUAGGCGAAGACUGGAUUGGAAAUGGCCAGCCCAAUAGCCUUAGCCGAUUCGACGAAGCCAAACAAGUCUUCCGAAACGUCGCUUCACGAUUCGCUGCUUAUCGCCUGAAUAUUCAUGUGGGAUUAGUUGUGUUUGGUACAGAAGUAGAAACGCAAGCUGAGAUUGCUCCGAUUGGUAAAGACUUCAAGAACGCAUUGGAGAAUCCCAAGGCAACGGACAAACGCACCGCGCUUUUCGAUGCCAUAGAUACGGCACAUGAUAUGCUCUAUACAUACAAGGAAGAGCAUCCCGAAUCUAAGACGAAGCUUCGCAUCAUAGCCUUGACAGAUGGCCAAGAUAAUAUUUCUAAAACUUCUCCCGAACAUAUCUGCGAAUGGUUGUGUCAUACAGACAUUGUUCUUGAUUCUAUUUUCAUCGGUGGCUCAUCGCCUAAAGACCUGUUCAAGAUGUCAAAGCAUACAGGUGGUUAUGCGUUCCAACCCACCUCACGACUCCUUCUAUUCCAGACAUUUCUCCUCGAACCGUUCCUAGAUAUACUCGCCCGACCGGAUAUUGUCAAGAUUCCCAUCGACGAUUACGAGACAUCGCUUCCCAAAGAACCCGAUAUGACGACUUUCCACGAUUUUCCACCCUGCCGACCUCAUAAAUUGCAAGAUGGUGGUUUCGUCUGGCUCGAUGCAGCUACACUGCGAUUAGCCGGAAACUCUUCUUCGCUUCUUGAAAUGGUACGCACGUCGGCCUCUGCUGAACCUUCCAAUCGAUCAUCUGGAAGAUUGUAUCUUGACGAAAUGAGACUCAUGAUUGCAAAUCCCCAUGCGUCGAUGGAUGUUUAUGUCAGCGAGGUAGAUAUGGCGUUCUGGAAAAUCAUCAUGUCAGGCCUAGCAUCUAUAGCCUAUUCUCAAGGUACUUUUGCUCUGUUUGUACAUAUGACGGAGACAUAUCCUCAAAAGGCACCGACGGUCCGAUUUAUUACACCAGUGCUUCAUCCAAAUGUAUCCAAGCAGGGUAGAAUAUGUCACGAAAUCUUCGACGACGGAUGGAAAUCCAGCCUUCACAUUCACAACAUCUUGAAGACCGUAUUCACCCUAUUUGAAAACCCAAAAGCCAGCUGCGACGCAGCCAUCGACGAACUAGCCACCCUCAAAUUCUGGACCGAUCGAGCAACUGCCGAUAAAGAAAUUAAGAAAUACGUCGCCAAAUUCGCAACGCGUACUAGACUUGAGUGGAAGACGGAAAUGGACGCGGCGAUUUAA